CAUUUUAAAUAUAUCAUUCAAUAACAAAACUACAAGUUAAGAAGAAGAAGGAGCAGGAGGAGGAGGAGGAGGAGGCAGUGGGGAUGGGAAGUAGUAGAAAAACUGAGUUAUACUUUGUUUUCAUGAAUUACGAUCCAGAGUAUGAGCGCCUUCGAGCUGAUAGAACAAAGCGAGGGGUAUAUGAGCUUGAUUCGUACCUAAGUAGAAAGCAUGACCAGUUAUUGGCAAACACCCUUGAGCAUGGCAGCUACAAGAAGACACUAUCUUUGGUCAUUGUAGAUGGGUUCGGAGUAGAGAUCACAGAAGACCAGGCCAAUGUGCUUAGAUCUGCCAACGGAGUGAGGCUUGUGGAGAAGAAUCAAGAGGUUUCUUAGACUUAAGAUACGUAGCCGGAGAAGAGGAUGAAGUACUAUCGACUGAAAGUGGUGUAAUAAUAAUGAGUUUGUAAAGUCUUUUGUAAAUGCCAUCAAGUUUGGUGGUAUGUAGACUAUGAGACUGAGAGUUAUCUCAACUCAUAAUCAGUUUAAUUAAAAUGAUCGACUUCCGGCCGUUUUAAUUUUA